AAGUGAAGGAUGACUGCUGGGCGAGCACGAGCCUCUUGGGUGUUUCGGGAGUCAGUGACCUUCAAGGAUGUGGCUGUGGACUUCACCUGGGAGGAGUGGGGCUACCUGGGCCCUGCCCAGAAGGAGCUGUACCGGGAGGUGAUGCUGGAGAACUACCGGAACCUGGUCUGCCUGGGCCUCGUGGUGUCUAAACCAGACGUGAUCAGUCACCUGGAGCAAGGUGGGGCACCUUGGUGGCCAGAGGCCGGAGUUCCGCGAAGCAGCCGUGCAGAUUGGGACAGCAGGCCUGAAGUCAAAGAGUCAUCUCCAAAGCUGGACAUUUUUGUAAAAGAAUCAUCCAAUGAGAUACUCACACAGGGUGGUCUCUGUGUCUCUAAAUUGCGAGAUGUCUGGGAAUAUGAUACUAGAUUAGAGAGACAGCUGAGCCAAGAGGAGAGACAUUCUACACAACUAAAACUCGUCCAAAGGAAAACUCUCAAUCAAGGAAGAAGAAAUGAAUAUAAUAAACAUGGGAGAAGUUUUACUCUAGAGCCAGUUCUUUUUCCACAGCAGAAAGAAUUGAUUGAAAAAAGUCUCCAUGAGUAUGACAUGCAGAAGAGCUUCAGACUAUAUUCAGAGCUAAGAAAAUAUAAUAGUAUAUGCUCAAAGAAGAUAUUUUCUGUGUAUAAUAAAUGUGGAAAAUCCUUCAGUUAUAAUGUAGAACUUAUCAAAAAGCGUGGAAUACAUAUUGGAGAAAAAACUUACGAAUGUAAUGAAUGUGGCAAAACUUUCCGUCAGAGCACAGGACUUAUUCAACAUCAUAGAAUUCAUACAGGAGAAAAACCUUAUAAAUGUAAUGAAUGUGGGAAGGCCUUCCGCCAGAGCUCAGGCCUUAUUCAACACCAUAGAAUUCAUACUGGAGAAAAACCUUAUAAAUGCAGUGAAUGUGGAAAGGCCUUCUGCCAAAACUCAGGCCUUACUCAACAUCAGAAAAUUCAUACUGGAGAGAAACCUUAUGAAUGUAAUCAAUGUGGAAAGGCUUUCCUCCGGAAUACUGAAUUGACUGAGCACCAGAUAACUCAUACUGGAGAAAAACCUUACGAAUGUACCGAAUGUGGGAAGGCCUUUUGUCAGAGGGCAGAACUUAGUCGCCAUCACAAAAUUCAUACUGGAGAGAAGCCUUAUAAAUGCAGUGAAUGUGGGAAGGCCUUCCGCCAGAUGACACACCUUAAUCAACAUCAUAAAAUCCAUACUGGAGAGAAACCAUAUGAAUGCAAUCAAUGUGGGAAGACCUUUCGCUACAGCUCGCACCUUACUCGACACCGUAGAACUCAUACAGGGGAGAAACCUUAUGAAUGUUAUGAAUGUGGGAAGGCCUUCCGCAGGAGUUCUCACUUUAUUCGACAUCAGAUAAUUCAUACUGGAGAGAAACCUUAUAAAUGUAGUGAAUGUGGGAAGGCCUUUCGCUGGAGCACAGGGUUUAACCGUCACCAGAGAACUCAUAAUGGAGAGAAACCUUAUUAAUGCAAAGGAUUUGACAAAGUCUGCUACAGUUCAUGCCUUAUUCAGCAGUAGAGAUUCAUCAUGGAGGGAAGUCUUACGAAUGUAAUCCUUAUGGGAAUGCCUUUUCUCAGACCACAGAGCUUAUUUAACAUCAGAUAAUUCAUAAUGGAGAGAAACAUGAGUCUAGUGAAUGUAGGAAACUCUUUUUCCAGCAAAUAAAAUGUAGUAAAUGUCAGAUAAUUAAUCCUGGAGAAAACCUUUAUGAAUGUAGUGAUAGAGGGAAGGCUUUUCUCCAAAGAGAACACCUUAUAAUAAAUCAUAGGUAUAAAGCUAAAAGGGGCUUCUGUGACCAUCUAGCCCAAUCCCCUCUUUACUGAUGAGGAAAAUGAGGCCCAGGGAGAUAAUUUGCCCAAGGUCAUAAUACAGUCUUUUCCUCCUGGGAGUUGGAGGGAAAUCUCUCCAAACACAUAUAGCCCUAGAGUAGGAGAGGUGGGUGGCAUGGUACCUGAAAUGCCCUGAAAUGCUUGAGUCUGGGAUAGCAGCCAGGCUGUUUCAGGCAGCAGCUAACUAGGCAGCCUGAGCUUCCAAAAUGCCCCCCCUUCACAGCUUUAGCGGCCUAGUGUCCUGUCUUGAUCACUCAGCUCAGUCCAAUUUCUAGGAACCAGGGAGGGCUCCAUGCUUCCCUGACACAUCUUCCCUCCAUGCUUGACAGUGGGAAUUUCCUGGACUAGAGGAGGGCCCCACAUUCCUUUGAGGAUCCUGUCUCCUUGAUCCAGCUGACCACAACCUGUCUCAAAUAUUUAGCUUGCCCCACCCUCAAGGAUCACAGAAGCAAAGUCUGGAGCUGGAAAGAACCUUGGAAAUUGUGAGGAUUGAAUGAAAUGGUGCCUAGUACAGUGUCUGGUACAUAAAUGCUGGCUAUUACUAUAGGGUAGUGAAGGGCUUCUAGGUCCUGUCAUAAUUACUACCUGAAGAAAACAGACUGGGAAUAUCGAGGCCGGAGAAGAGAAAGCUCACAGAGGAAAGCAGGAAAUGUCUUGGGAUGUGGAAGGACUAUGUUUGUUGUUUGUCUCUAGAGGUGGGACUAGGAGCAGUCAGGAAAGGUUUAAAAUAAAAUUCAGGCUUGACAUCAUAAGGAAAAACUUGAUGGCAAUUAAGGUGGCAUGCCUUCAAGCACAGUCUUAAUAACAGUUUUAUGGAUGUUUGGGGAGUUACUGUUCAUAUGUAGUCUAAACUGGAUUGCUUCUGUGGUCCUCUUCAGUUCAGGUUCUGUGAUCCUCAUUCUAAGAAUUCAUAGUGGAGAAAAUCCUUAAGAAUGUACUGAAUGUCACUUUUACUCUCUACUCUCAAAUUACUCUUAGGAGAUCCUGUAGAUUUGCAGCUCCACUACUAAUGAAUGAGAACUUGUCUCUUCAUCUCUUUGUGAACGUUGAACUGCUUUGAAUUAUUUUUGCUGAAUUUUACUCGUGUGUGGUGUUGCUUCAAAAUUGUUUGUAUUUGCAUCUUUGAUUAUUAGUGAACCCUCCAUCUGCAUCCUUGAUCCUAUUUUACCCUCUUUGCCAGCCAUAUGCCUUCUCUAUCAUCUCCACUCUUUUCAAUUUAUUUUUAUCUACUGGUUGCUUCCCUACUGGCUACAAACAUAAUCAUGACUCUCCCGCAUUUAAGUACUCUCCCUUGAGCUGUCUAUCACCAAUAGACGUUGUCCUAUAUCACUCCCCUUGUGACUAACCUUGAGACUGCCAAUCUACAAUCUACUGAUCUACAAUCAGUGUUUUCAUUUCCUCCCUUCUUGCUUGCUCCUAAACCUUCUGUACUCUGCCAUUCAACUUCAUCAUUCAACUGAAACUGCUUUCUCCAAAAUCACCAAUGAUCUCUUAAUUGCCAAAUCUAGCGAUCUUUUCUUAUUCUUCAUUGGCACAUUUUACCUUCCUUUCAGGGAGAUAUGUGAGAAUAAUGAAAUACCAUCAAUUCUCUGCAUGAACGUGUGGCCUAAAACAUCUGAUUACUAAAUUGUGGUCCAAAAAUGUAAUGCAAGUAUCUUGCGAUUAAGAACGGCAAUUCUGGGGAAUAUAAGGAAGUAUAGAUAAUGCCAAGUGUAUAAUGAAGAUCCAGGAGAAGAGUGCAUCCUAUUAAUCAGAUGAGAGGAAGACAUAGGAAUGAGAAUGAAUGGGAACUAAGAAUCCUGAUGGAGGACUGGAUUGAAAAGGUGCUGUGGCAUUUUGUAGGUUAAAUUCCAUUUGUUUAAAUGCAAAUCAUUGCAAAGCAAGUUUAAUUGUUUAUAUUGAUGUUCAAGAUUGUUGAUAUAUGGAGGCAGUGGUGUGGAUAGAGAGCUGAUCUCAGAGUUGGGGAGACCAUGGGGCACGGGGCUUCUGGCCACCUGUUGCCUGGGUCAUGCUGCACAAGUCCCAGCUUCUCAGUGCUCCAGACAACAGGUUUCAUGACCAACAUUUGUUGAGAGGUUUUCCUCACUAUACCAGUUAAGUUAAAGUUGAGUAAAAAAAAAUUGUAUGUAAUGUUUUAUUAAAAUAAAUGUUAUGAAUAUGAGGAUUUCAGUGAGCUUUCUU